AUGAGUAAAUGGCAUAAGUCCAUAGGCACCUUCCGAAGCCCUUCACUGAAGGAUCCACUGAGACCUAGCAGCCUCCCAGCAGUUACUAUACACGAGAAACGAGACGUACUAGUCCGAAAUCUUCUUCAAAACUCGGCUGAGGCAGGAGACAUACCUCUGGACUCCCCAGCAGUCCCUAUCACUAGCCUCUACUUUCCAGACAUAUCAAUGUCACAAGUGGAGGAGUCAAUACUUCAGGCAGGAAACACAGCUCCUGGCGCAGACGAAAUCCCAACCUGCAUACUCAAAGUAGCAUGGCUUUUAAUUAAGGAUAAGAUCAUACAGACCGAUCGCUCUCCUAUCAGUUCUUGGCAAAGGACUCGAGCGCCUAGUGGCACGGAAUAUGGCAUGGAUCUCUAUACACUACAAAGUAUUAGCGAGACAAUA